AUGUUAAAAGUAAAGCUGGAGACUGAGAGGGAGAAAGUUAAUUUGAAAGAGGAGAUGAUCGAUGUGCUAAAAAAAGACAAGAUCUACCUCCAGGGGGAGCUCACCAAGAAAGAUGCUUACUACCAGGAGCAGCUGGCCAAGAAAGACGCCAACUUCAAUGACGAGCUGGCAAGGAAAGAUGCCAUCCUACUAGAUAAAAUGAAAAAUAAGAAAAUUAGGAAGCAAGCCGGUAAGGCAGAGGACACUGGGUUUUUGCUUGUUUUAAUGAGACUCCGUUUGAGUUUAUUGUUUACUGACUUGGGUAAACGAUUUUGGGUGAGUAGAAGCACGGCAUCUGAAAUAUUUACAUUUUGGAGACCAAUCCUUGCCAGCUUUAUGAGGGAAAAGGUGAUUUCUUGGUUGCCCAGGGAUACGCUGAACAGAAUCAGGCCCAAGUCAUUUCGCCAAAAUUAUCCUAAAGCUACAUGCAUCAUUGACUGUACUGAGGUCUUCGUACAAAGGCCACGGAAUUUAAGAAAAAGAUCACAAACUUAUAGUAAUAGUAACAAACAUCAUAACACAUAUAAACUCCUAUACUGUAUAGCCCCCAAUGGCUAUGUCAUGUUUGUAUCAACAUUUUUUGGUGGAAGGGCCAGAGAUAAUUUCAUAACAAAGAACUGUGGUUUUGUUCAUGACCUGAUCCCUGGUGAUGAGAUUUUAGCAGAUCGCGGAUACACCGUCAUGGAUAUAUUGCCUCCAGGAGUGAGUCUAGCUCUUCCUGCAUUCACACGUGGACGUAAGGAGCUGUCUGAACAUGAGGUGACAUACACGCGACGCCUAGCGAAUGUCAGAAUUCACAUUGUUACCUGCCACGGCAUCCAAAUGCUUACGCUGAAGGGCAACGAUAGCACGACCAUUACCGGUCUCAGUGUUUGGGGAUUCAGCAGUCAUACGAUCACGCGCAAUCUCGGCCCUGAGAGCCGUGAAGGACUGCUUCGUCUGCUCUUCGAGCUCCUGAUAUAUACGGUCACCACGUUUACCAGCCGCCACACCCAGUUUACUCUGACGAGCGAUGACUAA